AUGGCUGUCCGAUUCAACAUCAACAUCAACAUCCCUCCGGUCACCCGAUUCAUCCUUAUCCUCGUCCUCGUCCUCUCCUUCCUCCACACACUUGGACGGUACAGAAAGCUCCCAGGCAUCGAAAAUCCAGGCAGUGGGCCCACGCCCUUAGUCCCUUACCUUGCACUCGUUCCUGUCUUCGUCGUAUACUACCCGUGGACUUUGCUCACGACAACUUUUGUGGAACGAAGCAUCUUCUCCCUGCUCAUCAAUGGCGCAACAAUCUUGUUUGGGGGAAGGUACCUUGAGCGAGCAUGGGGCUCCAAGGAGUUCUUGAAGGUCGUUCUGGUCGCAGCGAUCGUUCCAAAUAUAAUCGCCGUGCUGACCUCCAUUAUUUGGGAGUUUAUCUCAGGCAAUCCAAAAAGACCGUGGACUCCAGUGUCUGGUGGAGUAACCUUGCAAGCAGCAUUCCUUGUCGCCUUUAAGCAACUAGUGCCGGAGCAUACUGUGGCCAUCUUCAAAGGCCUUGUCAAGAUGCGAGUCAAGCAUUUUCCAGCUGUUUUUCUGCUGAUCAACACGCUCAGUGGUCUGCUACUUGGAACAGAUACUGCAGCUAUAUUAGCCUGGGUGGGCUUGAUCACAGCAUGGACUUAUCUGCGCUUCUACAAGAGACAGCCUGAUCUUUCUGGCACUACAACUGGCGGUCAGAGCUCAAAAGGCGAUGCCAGCGAAACUUUUGCCUUUGCUGCUUUCUUUCCAGAUAAGGUUCAACCGCCCAUUGCAUUUGUUUGCGACCAGAUCUACAUCCUACUGAUCAACAUGCGCAUCUGUACUCCCUUCUCCAACGAAGACAUCGAAAGUGGCAACCAGCAGGCAGCCGCAAGAGGAGAAGCUGGACUCCCGAGCCUGCUCAACAGCGGAGGAAGGACCGGCAGGGGCACUGGAAAGAGAGAAGAAGCAGAGAGGAGGAGGGCACUCGCCUUGCAGGCCCUCGACCAAAGGCUUAGCGCCGCCAGUGCCAACAGACCAUCUACUCAACCGGUCUCGAUCGCUCCGACACCGAUGCAAGGCCACGAGCCGUUCGGCAAGACGGAGUAUGUGCCAGACGAGCCUGUUGAGACAUAA